CUCGUGAACGUUGUAUAUCACAAUGGCUGACUUGAUUUCAAAAGACAAGUGUAUACUCCAUUUAAGUAAGUAAAUGCCGUUGAAAGAGAAACAUCAAAUUUCAAAAUGGCGCCACGUAGAAAAAGUAUCGGAACGAUUCGUGGUUCUUUUAGUAAUAAUUUAGAUAAGGAAAACAAUUAUUUACGUUCGUUAAGUGAUUAUCAGGCACGGGUCAGAAGACGAGAGAGUAUUCGAAAUUGCAAAAAUGUAGCGGAACACGAUUUAGAACGAAAGAUUCAGUUGGAAGUGAAAAUGAAGGAGGGUUCUUUAAGAUUAUUAGCUGCCGCGAAGCAUCCUACUCAAAGUUUGGAAGCUGCACGCGCUCUAUUGACUUCAAGCAAAAGAAUGUCCCUUUACAUGGUUGAACUACAACAUCGUGGAACUGAUACUUAUUUAAAUAAAAGCACAUCCAAAAGUACAGGGAGAUUAUCCAUUUCAGAUCUUAGAUUUCCUUUAAUGUGGAGAGAUUCCGAUCAUUUUAAAAAUCGUGGGGAUCAUAGAAGAUUUGCAGUGUUCUGUAUAGCUCGUGUUGGUACAGAAAUUCAUGACACAACAUUACUUUAUCCUAUCGAUAGAGGACAGACAGACAUUAGUUUUCCCGAUGUUUUAUUAUUUAACAGUGUAUCUGCAGAAUUUGAAUUAACAUUAGAGAUCUACAGUCAUGUUUUGCAAGAAGAUCUCAGUAUUGCAAGCACCCCAACACGAAUAAAAAGAACUAUUCACUCGUCAAUUUCGAGAACUGUCGGUAAAAAAUUGGCAUUAUCUUUACGGGAUGAAUAUCACUCUAGUAAACAAGGACCGCAGUUUCAUUUAGUGGCCUAUGCAAAAAUGACUCUCAACGAUACCGAUAAGAACAUACGCACGCACGACUUGGUGUUAAACGACUUUAGUACAGAAACCAGAAUUCAUGCAUUGCCACUUUUUGAACAUUUCUGUUGUCGUUUAAAUGUACAGCCAGAUUGUAUCGAUAAAGAAGUGUGCGCAGGAUUCGUAAUACUAAACGAUGAACAGUGCUGGGCGCGAUUACGUGGCUUUGAAAUAGAAGCCUGGAAAACGAAAAAACACGCGGAAGAAUUACAAGAACCUGCGUUCACAGUUAGCGUGAACAAGGGGACUCUUAUUCGACAAUCAAAGUCGGUGAACAAUCAGUUACGGAUAAUCAAUUGCCUAGAUGGCAUCAGGAAACGUGAUAUUAUUGAUUUUCAUAAAAAGGAAGAUGUUCACACAUGGUUUCAGCAGUUGGUGUAUCGUAUCGACGAACACUCAAGGUGGAAACAUGCGGCAAUAAACUUUCAGCGAAUUCCAUGUUCGGAGAACUCGUGUCCCAACACAAGCACGAAAAAUUCAUUUGCUGGGAGUAGACGACAAGGAUCCUUGUACGACGAAAUACCUUUAGUAGAAGGUAGAUGCGUUCUGUUCCAAAAUCCGCUCGUAAAGAAACAAUUUUAAAGAUGUCUGCAUCGGAUGGAAUGUUAGAACUCCUCAAAUAUAAGGUUGUCAAAAAUGCUACAGCAACUCUAAACUCUGAAAUCUCGAUUACUGCGUUGAGUUCGCAGGGGAAACUUUUUCAUAUAGUUCACUACAGAUGAAAUUUAUUAUUAUAAACGCAUUUGUGUGCCAAUAAAUCGCUACAUCCAUUAACAAUGUAUAAAUCUUAUGUUACAGUACGAAUUAUACAGUUUGUAUUUACAUGCAAUUAUACAUUUAUAUAUU